CUUUGAGCAGCUCUUACGCCCAGUGCUCACUUUGUUUGCUCAGAUCUGCGAUUUUGUGGCUCAACUAACACCAAGCGGGAAGUAGGACGACAAAAGAAGAGACAAGUAACAGGUUUUUGGGAAGUUUUUAAACAUGUCCAGGUACCACAAAGCAGCGAUCGAUGGCUAUGAAGACCUCUUAAAGGAGGCCACAAGGAAGGACCUAAACACAGCGGAUGAAGAUGGCAUGACUCCCACUUUGCUGGCUGCUUUUCAUGGACACGUCAAUGCUCUUCAGAUCAUAUGCAGCAGAGAAGGUGAUCCCAACAGGUGUGACAUCUGGGGAAACACGCCCCUGCACCACGCAGCAGCCAAUGGCCACAUGCACAUCCUCAAAUUUCUAGUCAACUUUGGAGCCAAUAUCUUCUCCCUGGAUAAUGAAUUCCACACAGCUAUGGAUGUUGCGGCUUCCCGUGGCCACAUGGACUGUGUGUACUUUCUUGAUGAUGCUGCGUCACAGCAGACAAAUAAAAAUGCUAGAAAGGUUGCAAACCUAAAAAAGGAAGCUCAGAAAGAGGCAGAAAAACGUGUCAAAGUCUAUGAUAACAUGAAGAAAAAACAGCAGAGCAAAAUUGAUAAAAUGUACCGUGGGGCAGGGAACACUGGCUCAGUCUCAGAGGCCAGCAUGGCAUCAGGAGUCUCAAAUGGUGGGACCAUGAGCAAUGUCAGUGAGCAGUUCUCCAAGCUUAUUGCACAAGAUAAAUCAGGCUCUCUUACAGCCAGGGUUAAAGGCACACUCCAGAAAAGGCUUGGGAAGAAAGACAAAGGCACUCUGCAGAGGCCAGGAGGGGAUGGGAAUGUCAUCUUCCUCAAACAGGAGACCGGACAGUCUGAUAAGCCAGAGUUUAUGGGUGUCUUCAAUGAGCAGGAUGAGGGCGCGUUAGAUGAACAAGGAAGAUUUCAAGAUGACGCAGACAGCGAAGAACCAGGUGAAGUCAAACAAUCCAUAUUCAACCGGCCUGGACUGGGAGGUCUGAUUUUCAUGAAGAAGAUGAAUGUGGAGUCAGAGGACAUUCCCACUGGGAACAAUGAAAGUCUUGGUUACCUUGUUGAGAAUAAGCUAUUUGAGUCUGAGGAAGAUGCUGCAGGCUUUGAUCAGCCUGCUGAGGCUGACCUUCCAUGGGAUCAGGAAGAUCUGGGAUUGGAUGACGAUGAAAACGAAGAGAAUUCUCCUUUGGAUGUGUUCCUAUCCGCCAUCUCUUUGCCAGAGUUUUCCCUCGCUUUCAAGAGAGAGCACCUGGACUUGGAGGCACUCAUGCUUUGCUCUGAUGAUGACCUUAAAGGCAUUCGCAUCCAACUUGGACCCAGGAAGAAGAUCUUGGAAGCUGCAGCUCGAAGGAAGAAGGCAGUAGAGACUCCUGGCAUGAUGAAAGAAAGCUGCUUGUAAUCUAGAACGAGCAGGAGAGUAUGAAACAGUUAUUUAUAAUUGGUUGUAGCCUAGAUGAUAGUUAUAUCUUCUGUAUUCAACCAAAAUUAUACCGAAAAAGGGAUUAAAUGAUUGGAUAUAGAUUUGAUAUUCAUGAUUAUCUUUGAUAAAUCUGUUUGAAAGUUAAUGAAAUUCAGCGAAGUGUAGUGUUCAUAAAUUUAGAUUAAAAAUGAAAAAACUGUACAUACAAAGAUAAGAUGUUUGAGAGCUUUGGAUAAUCCAUCACUACUAAAUGCUGAGUUGGUUUGGCUGUUGGGUUUUCUCGCAGUCUUUUGACCAUUAGGAAUAAAAACAUAUCCAAGAUAUCAAUGUCCAUCCAUCUUUCAUGAAUUACACUUUAAAUUUGAUGAAGAAAAUUAUUGUGACCACUUAAAGGAGUUUUCAUCUUUUUGGAUCAUGCCAUGCUGUGACUCAAAUACUCUCGAUCUUUUUUCUUUUCUUUUUGGGGUUUUUACUUUAAUUCCAUAUUUGGGUGUCUGCAUGUGAUCAGAAUAUUGGUGACAAUGUACUCCAUCUGUUUCCAUCAACAACAUGACUGUAAAAAGUAUUUCCUAUUCUUUUAUUGAAUAUCUGAAAAUUAAAAGAGUUUUUAAUAA